CCGUUGCAAGAUAUACGUGAUUGGCUUGCAAUUUGAUCUUUACAUUUAUACUUGCAUUUAUUUUGCAGAUGGUUUUGUCCAAAGUGGUGUACAAAUUACAGAAAUUACAUUACAAGCAUGCUCAGGGAGAAGAUGGAAGGACUGUGGAUGGAUGAGCUAGCUGAGGUGCUCAGGGAGAAGGUGGAAGGACCGUGGCUGGAUGAGCUAGCUGAGGUGUUCAGGGAGAAGAUGACAGGACUGUUCCUGGAUGAGCUAGCUGAGGUGUUCAGGGAGAAGAUGGAAGGACUGUUCCUGGAUGAGCUAGCUGAGGUGUUCAGGGAGAAGGUGGAAGGACUGUGGCUGGAUGAGCUAGCUGAGGUGUUCAGGGAGAAGGUGGAAGGACUGUCGCUGGAUGAGCUAGCUGAGGUGUUCAGGGAGAAGAUGACAGGACUGUUCCUGGAUGAGCUAGCUGAGGUGCUCAGGGAGAAGGUGGCAGGACUGUGGCUGGAUGAGCUAGCUGAGGUGCUCAGGGAGAAGAUGACAGGACUGUUCCUGGAUGAGCUAGCUGAGGUGCUCAGGGAGAAGGUGGAAGGACUGUGGCUGGAUGAGCUAGCUGAGGUGUUCAGGGAGAAGAUGACAGGACUGUUCCUGGAUGAGCUAGCUGAGGUGCUCAGGGAGAAGGUGGCAGGACUGUGGCUGGAUGAGCUAGCUGAGGUGCUCAGGGAGAAGAUGACAGGACUGUUCCUGGAUGAGCUAGCUGAGGUGCUCAGGGAGAAGGUGGAAGGACUGUGGCUGGAUGAGCUAGCUGAGGUGUUCAGGGAGAAGGUGGCAGGUCUGUGGAUGGAUGAGCUAGUGGAGGUGCUUAGGGAGAAGAUGGAAGGACCGUGGCUGGAUGAGCUAGCUGAGGUGCUCAGGGAGAAGGUGGAAGGACCGUGGAUGGAUGAGCUAGCUGAGGUGCUCAGGGAGAAGGUGGCAGGACUGUGGCUGGAUGAGCUAGCUGAGGUGUUCAGGGAGAAGAUGACAGGACUGUUCCUGGAUGAGCUAGCUGAGGUGCUCAGGGAGAAGGUGGCAGGACUGUGGCUGGAUGAGCUAGCUGAGGUGCUCAGGGAGAAGAUGACAGGACUGUUCCUGGAUGAGCUAGCUGAGGUGCUCAGGGAGAAGGUGGAAGGACUGUGGCUGGAUGAGCUAGCUGAGGUGUUCAGGGAGAAGGUGGCAGGUCUGUGGAUGGAUGAGCUAGCUGAGGUGCUCAGGAAGAAGGUGGAAGGACCGUGGCUGGAUGAGCUAGCUGAGGUGCUUAGGGAGAAGAUGGAAGGACCGUGGCUGGAUGAGCUAGCUGAGGUGCUCAGGGAGAAGGUGGAAGGACCGUGGAUGGAUGAGCUAGCUGAGGUGCUCAGGGAGAAGGUGGCAGGACUGUGGCUGAAUGAGCUAGCUGAUGUGUUCAGGGAGAAGAUGACAGGACUGUUCCUGGAUGAGCUAGCUGAGGUGCUCAGGGAGAAGAUGGAAGGACUGUUCCUGGAUGAGCUAGCUGAGGUGUUCAGGGAGAAGAUGACAGGACAUUUCCUGGAUGAGCUAGCUGAGGUGUUCAGGGAGAAGAUGGAAGGACUGUUCCUGGAUGAGCUAGCUGAGGUGUUCAGGGAGAAGGUGGAAGGACUGUGGCUGGAUGAGCUAGCUGAGGUGUUCAGGGAGAAGGUGGAAGGACUGUGGCUGGAUGAGCUAGCUGAGGUGUUCAGGGAGAAGAUGACAGGACUGUUCCUGGAUUAGCUAGCUGAGGUGCUCAGGGAGAAGGUGGCAGGACUGUGGCUGAAUGAGCUAGCUGAUGUGCUUGAGUUCCUUGUGCUCGUCUGACAGAUGCG